UGACGUAAUAAAGAAUCGACGGCUACAGCCUUGUCAGCCCAGGCCAAAAGUCGACUGUUUUUUCUGUUCUCAACAGCCUUUAAACAUGUUUUUUCUGCGGGUUUGGGUCUCGGCCAGUAAACAAGCAGUGUCCAGAGGGGUGUCGGUGGAGUCUGUGCUCACAGGAUGCACUCGGGCGGCCAGCGGAACGGCGACGGACAAGGAGCCACUGAGGAAGGCCAAAACCCCACAAGGACGCUUCGACGUUCCUGAAGGGAAAAACAAAGAUGUUCUAGAAAAGUUUCCUGAUGAUGUAAACCCCGCAACAAAGGAGAAAGGUGGUCCUCGAGGCCCAGAGCCCACCCGCUAUGGAGACUGGGAGAGGCGGGGCCGCUGUGUGGACUUCUAGCUGGGAAACUGGAUCAUUGAGAUCUUUAUUGUAUAGUAGCAAAUCCAUGUUACAAACAGAAAAGCUUCAAUUUGUGAAAUGUUUUUCACAAAUCCUCCACUUUAAAUAUAAUUUCUGUUGUUUGUGUUUCUUGUCUGUUUCACCCUACAACAAAUUCCAAUUCCACUAAGUGAGAUGGUCUUCACAGAACUUUUAAGUUUUUCUUUCAGACUUUCUGGAAGAUUGUUCAAUUUUUUGUUUAUAGACAAUGUUCUUUCUUUUCCAGUCCAGGAAUUACACCCCUGUUAGAAAAUGUAAAGUGCACUAAUGACUUAACACUGACAGGUUGAUUGUCUUUUAAUGCUCCCGCCGUUCACAGGCCAGAAUGAAAUGACCAAUCAAGCAAUAACAGAAAGAAAUCCCUCCAUCCAUCAUCUGAAUCCUCAGAGUUGCUGGAGCCUAUCACAGCUACUGUUGGGUGAAGGUGGGUUACACCCUGAACAUUAGAUCCCUCACGGGAACAAAAAAAAAUCCCUUUAAAAGUUGAUAAACUGUAGUGAUAGAAUGGUUGACAGGAGGAACUUCUGUGUUUCAGACCAGCUGGGUCUAAAAUUCUGCUGUAGAUCAUCUUGAAAGAAGUUCUGAUUUGAGUGUGGCCAAAGACUUAUUCUCAUAUUUGCACACAUGGUGCCCCUAAUGUACAAAGACGCGACAUAUCUAAGAGACAGAAACAACCUAGGACUUCAAAGACAAACAAAACAAAGACAUCAAACUUGAAAAUAUAGAUUUAUUGGAACAGAUUUUUUCCUAACAGCCAACCUACUCUGCAUAAUGUACAGCCAUUAUGAGGACCCUGCUAAUAAACUGCAUACAUUUAUGUUCAGAAAAUGUCAAUUUUUCUAUCACUUGUAUUGUUUCAUUUGACUGUAUUCAUCCACCACACCUUAAAGGAGGACGAGCCAAAAGUCAGCAUUCAGUUUUUACUGUGACUGAAAAAUAUCUCUAGACAGGCUACAAAUAUUUAUGAGAUAAUGAAGAUUCAAUAAAACAAAGUUUUGAA